AUGACAGACAAGGUGAUACAAUACUACGAACAUUACUACGAUCGAUCGCGGGAUCUGGAGGCUCUGGCGACCUACGUGGCCAACCACUACACCCACAACAUGCCAAUCAUCAUCGGCACCUUGUGCUGCAUGUUGUUUGUGUGCUCAUAUGUGCUACACGACAUUAUCACCGAGAGCAAGGAGGUUGAGAGUGAUGAGAAGGAGCUUCCACUGCCUGUGGCAAAGCCCCGACAGUCGCUUUUCAGAGAGUUCUCUUUUGAUUCCCACAAGGAGUAUGACAACGAUGAGGUGGACCCCCUGACUACCCUGGACGAGUUGAAAGAGAUGGAGGAGGAACGCAAGAAGCAGAAGGAGCGAAAGAGAGAGGAGCUGAGACUGGAGGAGGAGAAGCGGGCAGAGCAGGAGCGAAAGAAGACCGACAACACCUACCCUCCUUCGGUGCUGGACCCGAUGCUGGACCCGGUGCACUCUUUCAAACAACCCUUCUGGACGGAGUCCAAAGAACCAUACUGGGAAACUACGGACAGCAUGCAAUGGCCCGAGCCCCAGAUCACCCUCCUUGAAGCCCUGGCUUAG